AUGUUGCCCCCGUCAGACUCUUUGCGGCACCACCUAAAUAAGCUCGCCGAAGUCCGGGCUAAUCGCAAUACUUCUAUAUCUACAUCCACACCUACCUCUACUUCCACCCCAGGCACUGCCCCACCUCCAUACACUUUAUCUGUCACCAGACCUAGUGGCACAACCGUCAUGAGCGUCGACCAGAACGACAUGGAUGACCCGUGGGCCUCCCCAAUCAAUAUUUACAUCGACAACUCAAUCACCGUUACUGGUGAUGAAAACACCAUCCUGGUGUCGUCUGGGGCUGACUCUCCGACUGAUCCAACUCACCAGGGUGCCCAGGGAUCUCCUCGCCUGAGCUCCAUAGCCGCUGUCAUCAUCGCUGCGCUGAACCGCGCAAAUGCCCUUCACGAUGAUAUGGGCUACCCUCGACCCAUCAACAUUCGCGCUCUCGCGGGAAUUCGGGUAAAUGGCCAAAAUAACAACAUUUGCGUAGGAGGCGAGGUUCAGAAGUCUCAGAAUGAGACUGCCAACGGCAGGGCUGAAGAAAGGAAUAGACGCAAGCGUCGUGCUAGCUCGGUUCGUACUCUACUUCGUCAAAAAAUCUUCAAGAAGCUUAAUUACUGA